AGCAUUCCCUUCCCGCUCCGCAAGAGAGAACACAUCGCUGCCGUCUCAGUCAAUCUACACCUUAUUUGACAAAGAUGGGCGGCUGGAUGUCUUCCGCAUGCGCAAGCUGGUCUACGAGAGAGGCACACAUCCCAGUGAGAGAAAGAUCACCUGGAAGUUUCUCUUUGGGGUGUACCCAGAGAAAUCCACAACUGAAGAGAGGAAGGAGCUGGACCAGCAAAUGUCCUCUCAGUAUCGGUGGAUGAAGCGCUCAUGGAAACAGCGCUUCCCCUGGGCUGCCGUAAUGAGGGUUCAUUCCGACUUGGAGCUUUCCUUGGCGAUCCAGAGACAUGACGAACAAUGGAGGGAAGCUGAAACAGCCAGUCCUCCUACAGAUAUCUUUGAUGAGCAUAGCCUGCCCUUCCCGCACAUUAACGAGCAACAGUUCCAAAAGGCGCUGCAAGACAUUGAUGCCGACGUACCCCAGACGGACAGACACCGGACAUUCUUCCAACGCGAAGGACUAGUGAAUCUGCUUUACCUCCGGGAAAUUCUCGUCACGUACAUGGCCUUCCACCAAGACAUCGGAUAUUGCCAAGGCAUGAAUGACUUUGCCAGCCGCUUUCUGGAGACCCUGGAAAAUGAGACUGAAGCCUUCUGGUGCUUUGUGGGCUACAUGAGACGUUCAGCGUGGAGUUUCACCACCAUGGGUGUUCACCGCAAGACACAAAUCUGCGAGGAGCUUCUGAAACACGUGGACCCAGAACUGUAUGACCACAUUGAGAGCGUGUCCAGUGACAAGCUGCUCUUUUGCCUCAGGUGGCUGCUGCUACUUUUCCAGAAGGACUUAGACCACUCUGAUGCUGUGAGGGUCCUAGAGAUCAGCGCCUUGGAAUCUGAGAGGAUGAAUUUUGGAGCCUGGAUCUGGCUGACUCGUAGGGAAGGUGAAAAGCCCCUCCCAGGCCCUUUCACGUCUGUAGACCGGGAAGAAAUCACGUUUGAAGUGCUGCUUUGCAUUGCUGUCCUGAUCAAGAACAGGAGGAAGCUACUAGAGUACCGGGACGUCAGUGACUUUUACUUGUUUGCACAGAGGUUGCAGGGGAGACUUCAGCUGAACACACUGCAUGGGGAAGAGCGGCGAUAAUGAGUGACCUCUUGAGAGCAGGGAUCUAAAGAGGACUACAAAGAACACCCCCUCCCCAUGGACUUGAGUGGCCCCUGCAGGAAGAAAUGAGAUCACCAUCUCUUGGGAAGCCAAUCUCCAAUGAAGCUAUAAGCAAUAUCAACCUAGAA